GGGACUGAGCUCCACCGAGGCUCCGCCCCGUGAGUCCUGCUCCACCGGCCGCCCGCCCGCCGGGCCCGGUGGGCGCGGGGCCGCCUCUACUGGCUGGCAGCAGUGACUCGGUGACCUUGAACCUAGAGCCCGAGAGGGGAACCCACUGACCCCACAGCAGCGCAGACUUUGCCCAGCACAAGAGGCGGAGCGGACCGAGUGUCCGCAGACAGACUGGGACGAUGUUAGCCUUUGCUGCCAGGACCGUGGUAAAGCCCCUGGGCCUUCUCAAGCCCUCCUCCCUGAUGAGGGUUUCUGGUCGCUUCAAGGCCCACCAGGAUGCACUUCCGAGGCUGCCCGUGCCCCCACUCCAGCAAUCCCUGGACCAUUACCUCAAGGCACUGCAGCCCAUCGUGAGUGAGGAAGAGUGGGCCCACACCAAGCAACUGGUGGACGAAUUUCAGACCUCAGGGGGUGUAGGGGAACGCCUGCAGAAGGGACUGGAGCGCAGGGCCAAGAAAAUGGAGAACUGGCUGUCCGACUGGUGGCUCAAGACAGCCUAUCUCCAGUACCGCCAGCCGGUGGUCAUCUACUCUAGCCCAGGAGUGAUGCUGCCCAAGCAGGACUUCGUGGACCAACAGGGGCAGCUCCGGUUUGCUGCCAAACUCAUCGAGGGUGUGUUGGAUUUCAAGUCCAUGAUUGACAACGAGAGCCUGCCUGUCGAGUUCCUGGGGGGAAAGCCACUGUGCAUGAACCAGUACUAUCAGAUCCUGUCCUCUUGCCGUGUGCCGGGCCCCAAGCAGGACUCUGUGGUGAAUUUCUUAAAGACAAAGAAGCCACCCAUGCACAUAACAGUGGUGCACAACUACCAGUUCUUCGAGCUGGAUGUGUACCACAGUGAUGGGACACCCCUCACCUCUGAUCAGAUCUUUGUACAGCUGGAGAAAAUUUGGAACUCAUCACUGCAAACCAACAAAGAACCGGUUGGCAUUCUUACCUCCAACCACCGCAACACCUGGGCCAAGGCCUACAACAACCUCAUCAAAGACAAAGUAAAUCGGGAGUCGGUGAACUCCAUUCAGAAGAGCAUCUUCACUGUGUGCCUGGACAAGCCAGUGCCCAGAGUCUCUGAUGACGUCUACCGCAACCAUGUAGCAGGACAGAUGCUGCAUGGUGGUGGCAGCAAGCUCAACAGUGGUAACCGCUGGUUUGACAAGACACUGCAGUUCAUUGUGGCAGAAGAUGGGUCCUGUGGGCUGGUUUAUGAGCAUGCAGCUGCAGAAGGGCCCCCCAUUGUGGCUCUUGUGGACCAUGUCAUUGAGUAUACAAAAAAACCUGAGCUCGUGAGGUCUCCUAUGGUACCCCUGCCCAUGCCCAAGAAGCUGCGGUUCAACAUAACACCUGAGAUGAAGAAUGACAUUGAGAAAGCCAAACAGAAUAUCAGCAUCAUGAUCCAGGACCUGGACAUCAUGAUGCUGGUAUUCCAUCACUUUGGAAAGGACUUCCCCAAGUCAGAGAAGCUAAGCCCUGAUGCCUUCAUCCAGAUAGCCCUGCAACUGGCAUACUACAGGAUCUAUGGACAGGCAUGUGCCACGUAUGAAAGCGCCUCUCUGCGUAUGUUUCACCUGGGCCGCACUGACACUAUCCGCUCAGCCUCCACAGACUCACUAGCCUUUGUCAAAGGCAUGGAUGAUUCCACUGUGCCGGAGCACCAGAAGGUGGAGCUGCUUCGGAAGGCUGUGCAGGCCCACCGAGCCUACACUGACCGAGCCAUCCGAGGGGAGGCCUUUGACCGGCACCUGCUGGGUCUGAAGCUGCAAGCCAUUGAGGACCUGGUGAGCAUGCCCGACAUCUUCAUGGACACCUCCUAUGCCAUCGCUAUGCACUUCAACCUUUCUACCAGCCAGGUGCCUGCUAAGACAGACUGCGUCAUGUUCUUUGGACCUGUGGUCCCAGAUGGUUAUGGCAUCUGCUAUAACCCCAUGGAGGCCCAUAUCAACUUUUCCGUGUCAGCCUACAACAGCUGCGCUGAGACUAAUGCUGCCCGUAUGGCUCAUUACUUGGAGAAAGCUCUGCUGGAUAUGCGCACCCUACUGCAGAAUCACCCCAAGGCCAAGCUCUGAGCCCAGGCCAAGGCCUGCCAGUACAAUCAAGCCCUCUUUGGUAUGGACACCUGCCAUGGCUCAGUUCCUUGGCUCCUGUGCCCUCCAAUUUGAUGGAGCCAGGCAAAGUCUCUAGCAGGGCCCCAAAGUCCAAGCCAAGUGCCUUACAGGUCCUGUCCUGGGCACCUGCCAUAGUCCCAGCGCCAGGGUUGAGUUUAGAAGCUGAACAAGAUGAAGGCCCAGGUCCCCAGUACAUCACCCACCAACAUGAGCCCCAGGGAAGAGAGCCAGUCUAGCCCAUCCCUUCUCACAGCAUGGCCAGUUGCUACAUCUCCACAGUCAAGCUGAAAUCCAUCUUCAUCUGUAAACACCCAAGGACCAGGAAUCGGGAUGAUCUAUCGCUGGGCUCUCAGCCUCCCUGAGGUCUCACCUCCAUCACUCCACCUUGAGGUGCCAUCUCCCAGCUGCCAUGCUCUGUCUGGUGACUCUGCCCCAGCCUUCUUGCUUCCAUUCAGCUUGAUUCCAUAACUACAUUCAUGGUUGCAUAAUGUGAAUGUUCCAGGUGAUCAAUAAAGGAAGAAGUGCUGGUGACAA